AUGGAAUGCCGUAUUGAUAUCUAUUACUACUAUGUUCCCGUGUCUUACCGGCAAGCCCUUGAAAAAAUGGGUAGGGACCUAUCGGGAUGGCCAACCCCCGAUUGGACUGUCAAGGACGACGAGAAGAUCUGUCAAGAUUACAGUGUAGAAACCGCUAUACUGUCUAUAACAGCCCCGGGAACUAGUAUCUUAAAGGGCGCUAAGGCGGCUAAGCUCGCCAGAGACUGCAAUAUCUAUAUCAAAGGUCUCAAAGAUAAGUAUACUAAAAACUACAGCUUCUUCGCUAUAUUUCUAGACCUGCUCGAUACCAAGGUAGUAUUAGAAAAAAUCCGCUUCUCACUCGACUAUCUCGAUACCAACAGUAUAAUCGUUUACACUCGCUAUAGCAAUAGCAAUUACUACCUUGGUUACCCCAAGCUGACCCCUAUCUGGGAAGAACUGAACCACCGCUUAGCAGUAGUCUUCGUCUAUCCUACCCACGGCCCUAUGAUCGACUACCCGCACGAGACAACCCGCGCCAUGUGCGACCUUAUUACCACCGACACCAUCCGCAAGUUCCCUAACUGUAAGUUACUAUUACUACGGGACUUUACUAAGCCGGGUUAUAUUUUAUUUAGAAGCGACUUUCCCUAUGCUCCGGAAGUGACGGUGAAAACGUUUAGUUAUGGGUUAAGUAAGGUAAAAGUAUUGGAUAAGGACCGCGAUGAUAUUAACCGCUAA